AUGUCCUACUAUUUGACCCAGUCCCCCUGGCAAGUACGAGCAGGGGAGCUGGGCUCUCACUCCCACUCGGCCAUGUCCUCAUCAGGAAAAGCUGCCAUUGCCUCCUCCUGCCUCUCCUUCGAGUGCUUCGACACCCUGACCAAGUCAUGCAUCAAGUGCUCCGAGUUGUACAAGGACAACACAACUCUCCCACUCCUGACACUGCUGGCAUCUCACCCCACAGCAGAGCCCACCCUGGCACCCACCCUGACAAGCACUUUCCUGAUCUUCGGGGUCCCGGUGGCAGUGGUGUUCAUCCUGAUUCUGGCUGCCCUCUGUGGCUUCCUGGCCUGUAAGGUGGGAAAGUGGAGGAGGAAGAGGAAGGCGGCAGACGAAGAGGCCAAAGCAAACACGGACACUGCCAGCCCCCUGCCCAGCCAAGACCCUGCCAUGCCAGAGGGAGAUGGUGCCCUGGCCCCAGAACCAUGGUCGCACCUUGAUGGGGGCCUGAAGAUGCUGGGGCCACCUGAGAAAGCUAGGGCAAAGAGGAGGCCAUGCUGCCAGGGCAAUGCUGAUGGUGACAUCAUUCUGCUCUCCAGUGUGUACCCCCGGCCUGAGGAGUGCAACCACAGCUUCCCACUGCCUGCCACUGAGCUGGGGGCCACAGCCCUGGUCACCACCAAAACCACCCAGAACUGCGCCAGAGAGGAGCGAGUCUGA